AUGAUAAGCUUUCGCAGUAUAAUUGAUUAUGAAAAUUUGUUUCUUCCUGUUUUACAACGUUUAUCAAAUGUCGAAUAUUUAAUAUUAUUAUUAGCUAUUGAAUUCAAAAGAAACACACCCAAACAUUUUAUUGAUGGGUUUGAUUUGGAUAAAGACAUUAUUUCAUACAUGCCUCAUUUAUGCCAAUUUCAUUUUCAUAUUCGUUCAAUAUUACCAAAUGCUUCUCACGUAGAAAUCGACACAAUUCGUCAAACUUUUAUGAAACAACAACAACCUGUUGAUUGCGCAAUCGAUUAUUUUAAUAAUAAUCAUGGUCAAUGUCAAAUCUAUUCACUUCCAUUUAUAGGUACUCGUCUUGACUUUGUUUCAAAUCGAUUUCCACUCUUUGAUACUAAUAAAACAUUUUCAAUGGUUACUAAGUUAUUACUUUUCGAUGAUAUCCAACCGUUCGAAAGUGCUUUCUUUGAACGUGUCUCUCGAACUUUACCUCAUCUUAAAACACUUGACAUAAUGAAUGAACUUGAACAACAAGAGAAAAUAGAAACGACAACAAAUAAUCUUGAAUUUACUCAUUUAACUACUCUGAUUUUAUUUGAUAUUCAUUUGGAUUAUGCUGAACAAUUACUUUGUCGAAGUCACCUUCCUUCUCUUAUUGAACUUGCCAUUGACAGUAAUAUAUUGUUAAAAAUAAUCGCUCAAGAUCAACAACAAGCAAAAGGCAAUUGUUCUAGAAUAGGAACUCUAUUAACUUCACAUCCAUUCUAUCAUUCAAUAGAUACACUUCGAAAUUUUUUUCCACGAGAUUCCUAUGUUCCACAUCCAAAAGAAUAA